UUCCACCUCAAAGUCCUUUUCUGCGAAUCCCACUCCCAAGGCUUCCACCUCUAGGGUUCCUACUCAGACCACCUCUCCCAGCAUUGGACAACUCAUUGCGGGAUUUAGUGCAGGCGAUGCUGACCCCUUCACUAAAGAAGUAUAUAAGCAACUUAUUGCGGGCAAUAUUAAUACUUUCAUAGAGCUAUUAAGAGUAUCAUUGGCUAAAAAAUCCCGGAUGUCCUUGUCUAGGGCAAAUGAAGGAGUUCUUCAGGCAACUGUUGAACAGCGUAUUUCGCCAAGCAAUUUUGUCCCAGAACUACGAAUGAUAAUGGAUGGGCACAAAUUUAAGGGGUCAGGUCGGUAUGGAUUCGCGGAUAUUUUUGUCCUUUCAAGAGGUGGAGACUGUGUGGCUCUAGAGUUGAAAUAUGUUAAUUUGGCUGGCCUAAUGAGGGGAAGCACCGGAAACUUCAAUGAAGAAUACGGGGCAAACGUACUACAUAGUUUGGACGUGAGUCUGCCAAAUGAAAGCGAACAGUCCUUGCUGACAAGGCAGUACAUAUACUGGUCCGAAAAAGAACGUAAAUGGAAUCGGACUACUAUAAGUGAGAUUCUCAAUAAUGGUAUGGACCAAUUAUCGAAGUAUCUCAAUAUAAUCGCAAAAGGUCCUGUUCCAGAUGAAAAUUAUAAUUUUGCUGGUGUUUGUGACGAAAGGUUAAAGGCAACAAAUUCCGAGCUG